AUGGGCAUCGGCAGAUCCUACCAACACAUUCUCAUGAUUGCAGCAGUAUGGGCUGUACUGUUUUUCAUAGCGUAUUUAGGCCUUGUCCUCAACCAAGACGAUGUGAACUUCAUAAAAAUGCCCUUUACACGCAGCACAGUUCGACCCCGGUCCGCAGUUCGACCCCGGUACGUCUUUGUCGAUCUCGGAGCCAACCGCGCCGACUCGCUCGAUAUUUUUCUGCAGAGGAGGGAAGCCAAGUUCCAGUACGAAUUCCCUCGACCCGAGUGGGCUCGCCACGACGAGGCUGAUAUCUACCUUUUCGAGGGCAACCCAGGAUUCAACGAGGCACUUGUCGAGGCCAAGCAGCGAUGUCUGCUGGAAGGAAUCAACGUCAACAUCUUCCCCUCUACUAUUGUGGACGUCAGGGACGGAACGCGCACCUUCUUCUUGGAUACGGUCAACCACGACCAUGACUACUGGGGGUCAUCCACGUACGCUCAUCACCAGGAUGCCUUGAAAUCUGGAUCCAACGGAACCGAGUUGACUGCCGUUGAUAUCUCGAGGUGGCUGUUGAUGAACACGCUGCCCCACGACUUCGUUGUGGUCAAGAUGGAUAUCGAGGGCAGCGAAUACGACGUCAUUCCGCACAUGGCGGACAUGGGCGCGUCGAGUGUCAUCGACUACCUCUUUGUUGAGUGGCAUUACACGCUGCCCGAGCAGGACGCAAUCCAGAGGGCGCAGGUAGCGGCCGACACGUUGGUUGCCAACGGAGUAAACAUGCCUCAUUACGAUUCUCCCUCUUGA